AUGAGCUGCCGCCAGCUCCUCGCACCUCGCAGGGUUCCUCGCCAAGCCGGCCUCGCGCCAUCGUCCCCUCUGACAUAUGAGGGAGUCAAGGCCGGGAUCAUCGGCCAGUUCUGGGAUUCUUACUUCCCCAACUCGACCGUCUUCCCCAGAGGCUUGUUUGCCUUUACUUUUGGCGGCUCGCUGGAUGCCAUGCAGACGCACACGGCACAAAGCCCUGCCCUGGCCAAGCAAAUGCUCGCCAUAGCCCUGGCCACCGCGAAUCGAUCACGCACAGGCGAACCCUGGAUGAUGUCCGAAAGCCGCAGGCUGUACGCGGACGCACUGCGCAUGGCGGCGCGGGACAUAUUCGCCAAGGGACCGGACCUGGAGCAGCAACUUGUGGCCAGCCGGCUUUUCAGCCUCUACGAGUCUUUCUUCGGACGGGGGCAGCAGGAUCACGAGGGACAGGCCCGCUCGUGGCUCCUGCACGGCAACGGAGAGACAGCCAUCGUCACAAGCAACUCACCUGAUACAUACGCCACCGGCAGAGCACAUCGCCUGUUCCUCGCCGGGCGGCAUCAGAUCACAAUGACGGCCCUGCUGCAAGAGAAGCGGACGUUCCUAUCAGAACCGAUAUGGAAGACCGCCCCAUGGACGUACUAUCCCAAGACGCCGCGCGAUCAUCUACUGGAUAUCUUUGCCGAUAUCCCCAGUAUACUCGAGGGCGUCAAGGCCAUGAAGGCGUGGGAGUCGGAGGCAAAAAAGACCGAGUAUAGACACCUACUUGGAAGAGCCGUGAACAAUGUAAUCACCCGUCUGCUUGCCUGGUACGAGCAAUACGCAUUUCCAAUCGUCCCUGCAGAUCUAGUGGAAGAGCUCCCCGAACAUUUGUCGGCAGAUCUACUCGCGGCCGCCCACGUCAUGUCGCUAUACCACUGCUUGACCUUGCGCUGCAACGCGCUGUGUCGGAACCUCGGCGGAGCAGCAGACCCGAGGAUCGACGACGACCACGAGUUCUACGAGCUGACGCGCGCCAGCAGGAUGUUCGGACAUCCGGACGCCGGACUCUUCCGGCAUCACAUUGCCACGUUCCCGCUGGUCACGGGACUGUCACACAUAAUGGCCCGGGGCGAGGGCGCGUAUGCGGCCGAAAAGGCCACGCUCCUUUCCGUAUUGAACAGCGGCUACUUUGAGUCGCUCAAGGACUUUCUUGUGAGCAUGCUACAUUUUCAGCCCACGAGUAUGCUCAAUCUUGGCACACAGCGCACGGCGCAAAAAGGGGGUCAAAGCCUGGAUACAUAG